UAUGCAAAAGCAUUUUCGCCUGGACACCGAUAAUUAUAAUCAUCUGCUGCUCUAGCUACUGAGAGCAACUUUGUGGAGCGUCUUGCGUGAUCGACGACAGUUUCAAGAGUAGUGGCACUGUGCGGCAUACCAGGCGGGAAAAUGUUGAAGAUGGCCAGCAUUUCUCCAUUCGCUAUAAUGUUUUGCAUGGCCUUUGCUUGCUUGAGUGUCGCGAUGGCAUCUGCUAAUCCUUACCCACUCGAUCGCAAGACUGUAGCCAGAGAGAAUGAUCCUCUGAACUACUACAUAUCCACUGGCGGAGACGAUUCGAAAAGUGGCAGGAGUUUCGAGGACGCAUUCGCUACAAUUGACCGCUGCUUGGCCGAAGUCCGAAGUUUACGUAACAGCAGCGGCGGAAAACUGGCUAACGCGGUCUAUUUCUACUUUGUCAACGUUAGUGAGGCAGGAUCCUUGUUUGUCCUGGAGAAUACCGUGGAAAUAACUGCAGAGGAAUCGGGCGAUGGUAACGCGUUCGUUGUGUUUGGACCUCUCGACCAAACCAAGUCUGUGACAAUCAGUGGUGGCCAUCUGAUAAAGAACUGGGUGAAAGCCGGUAACACCUGGACAGCCAAGCUGCCUGAGACACUGAAAUCAGUUCGACAAUUGUUUGUGAACGGCCAACGAAGGAUGAUAUCCAACACAGGUGUGAUGCAGUAUGAAAAAUUCGGCGACGGUCUCUCUCUGGAUGAGGCCAUGGACACAGGUGAUGACUUUGACUACAUUGCAUACAAGAGGAAAGCUCUGGCGAGAUCUGAGGCAGAUCCCAACUUCUUCACCUACCAAGAAGGCCAGGUGCCUGCAAGCCUUGCCGAAGAAACUGGAUUAGAAGCUAUUGUCUAUGAAAUCUGGACUGCUUCUGUCCAUCCGGUUACGGCCAUACAUCCAUCAAAUCGCACAGUGUACCUAAAGAAUCCAGUGGCUGGAAGGUGGGAAACAUCACCUGCCACGGGUCAUCGCUACAUACUGCAGAACUCGAAGCAAUUUCUGAAGCCAGGGACAUUCCACUUUGAUGAGACAAGCCGAGUGCUUACAUACCAGCCAAUGGAAGGCGAGACUCCAUCAAUGCAAGCUAUUGUUCCUAGAUUGACUGAGCUUGUGACCGUGGUGGGAAGCUCUGACAAGAAGGUGGCCAACAUUGCAUUCGUUGGCCUGACAUUUGCUCAUGCUGCUGCUGACUACAGUACCUGCUUUGCAGGAGAAUGCAGUGAUCAGUCAGCCAAUUUUCUAACAACCGCUGCCAUCCGCAUGGAGUUUGCGAGUAACUGUGAGAUCACUAUGUGUGAUGUUGCCCAUGUUGGAGGCUAUGGAGUCUGGCUAGACCAGGGUUGCAGUAACAAUACGUUGUCCUAUGUAGAGGUAUAUGAUGUUGGAGCUGGUGGAGUGAGAAUUGGCCGAGCUGGUCAUGUUGUAGACCCUGAUCUUCAAACCAACUUCAACACUUUGACUGACAGCACGCUUGCAGACGGUGGUCACAUUUUCAAAGAGGGCUGCGGAGUAUUGCUUCAGAUGGCCGGCCACAACACAAUAACACACAAUCACAUCCAUCACUUUCACUACACUGGAGUCUCAAUUGGAUGGUCAUGGGGAUAUGCAGCAACAUCUUCGCCAGGUAACAUCAUCAGCUACAAUCACAUCCACCAUAUAGGAAUGGGCGAUCUGAGCGACAUGGGAUGUGUCUACUCCUUGGGUGUUCAGAUUGGAGCACAGGUGGUACAUAACUUAUGUCAUGAUGUGUGGAGUUACGGCUAUGGUGGAUGGGGUUACUACACUGAUGAAGGUAGCAGCAACAUGACCUAUGCUUAUAAUAUUGCGUAUCAUACAAAAGCUGCUUGCUGGCAUCAGCAUUAUGGUGAAAACAACCAAUUCAUCAACAACAUCUUUGCCUACCCACAUCACAUACCAUGCCCAGAUAAAACUGGAGGCUUUUGCUACGACAGUGCUAUAAAGUCCUCCCGGCAUCCAGCUGGAUCGGGACCUGGAGCCUUCACAUCAUUCAACUUCGAGAGGAAUAUUAUCUACAUCUCCAAUGGAACAUUGAUGUCUGCAUCGAACCCUCAAGAUCUUCUAUUUUCCAACCAGACAUUUGACAACAACGUUUAUUGGAACACCGUCAGCCAUACUGACGUGCUUUUCCCUCCAAACUCCAAGUCUACUUUCGCACAGUGGCAAUCACAUGGCAAGGACAAGAACAGUGUCAUUGCCGAUCCUCUCUUCCUCAAAGCAUCAUCGUUUGAUUUCAGCAAACUUUCAAAGGACUCGCCUGCUCUGAAACUGGGAUUUAAACCUAUUGAUACCUCCACAAUCGGACCAAGGACAUAGCAAUGCUCCAAACUGCACUUGCCAUGCGAUUACCCUGAUAUUUCCUUCCCACUAUAGAAUGUAAUCAUUAUGUGUCCUGCUGCAUUACAAAUCAGAUUUUUCCUGAGAAAACCGAAUACUUCUUCCUUUCUUGUUGAUCCUUGCCAAGAAAUGUGUGAAAAACACAGUAACAUUAUCACGCUUGCGGGUAGUGCCGCCUGACCGCAAAAUUUCUCGUUUAUUUCCAACGAGAAAUAAACACAUUUUUUGAAAUUUCCUACCAUCACUUUCCUGAAGCAAAACUAGAAAAAAAUCACAUUAUGUUGGACUUGGGUUGAGAGCGAAAGAUUAAUUUAUAAGAAGAAAAGAUACAAAAGCUACAA